UAUACUCCAGCAUGAAUUAGUUACCUGCAUGGUAGCUGCCGACAAGGCUCUAGCUAGGUAACAGGAUCAGUGGUUCUUGGUAGAGAGAAACAAAGAUCAUUUGGAGAGGAAAGGUAAUUUCUCCCUUGAAUCUCGAGACAUAAACAGAAAAAGCAGAACAGCUAUGGUGCAUCCAUCAAAACAGAAAAUGAUCUUAAUGUCUAAGAAAUCUUGAUUUAAGUAGACACAAUGACUGGCUGGCUGAUCUCUCUGAUGAGUAUUGAAGUACUGCUUUUGGCAGUACCACACCUGACUUUACGUAUUGAGCCCAAGGAAGGUAGCCUUGCAGGGGGAACGUGGAUCACAGUUAUUUUUGAUGGUUUGGAGACAAGUGUCCUUUAUCCCACCAAUGGCUCUCAGCUGAAGAUACGCCUGGUGAACAUGGUGGUGCCUGCAUUGCCCAGUGUCCCCUGUGAUGUCUUUCCUGUCUUCUUGCAGUUGCCUGUGGUGAAAUGCCAGACCAGAUCUCUGCUUUCCGAAACCCAUGAAGGUCUAUACUCUUUGGAAGUGCAUUCUGAGGGACAGGUGUUAGAUAAUCCAAGUCCAGUAUCAAAAGACAGCUGUACUUUCAAGUUUUCCAAGGCACAGACACCCAUUGUUUACCACGUUAAUCCAUCAAGUGGAGUUCCAGGAAACCUAAUACAUGUACAUGGCUGGAUUUUCACUGGAAAACUGGAAACAUUUGAUUUUGAUACCGAGUACAUUGAUAGCCCACUGGUCUUGGAAUCUCAAAGAGACAGAUGGGUCACUCCUUGCUCUCUUGUAAACCGGCAGACAGGAAGCUGCUAUCCUAUUCAGGAAGACCAUGGUCUUGGGACUCUACAGUGUCGUGUAGAAGGGGACUACAUUGGUUCCCAAAAUGUUAGUUUCUCAGUAUUUAACAAAGGAAAGUCAAUGGUACACAAGAAUGCAUGGCUGAUCAGUGCUAAGCAGGACCUCUUCCUGUAUCAGACACACUCAGAAAUACUCUCGGUGUUUCCAGAAACUGGGAGCAUUGGGGGAAGAACAGAUGUCACAAUUACGGGUGACUUCUUUGACAAUUCUGCUCAGGUUACUAUUGCAGGCAUUCCAUGUGAUGUUCGACACGUGUCUUCCAGGAAGAUUGAGUGUACCACCAGGCCUCCAGGAAAAGGUGCAAGACUCACUCCUCCUCAGGCAGGAAAUCGAGGACUUCUUUUUGAAGUUGCAGAUGCUGCUGAAGGCUUGGAAUUGACUGAAACCACACCUGGGUAUAGGUGGCAGAUUGUCCCUAAUGCCAGUUCUCCAAUUAGAUUUUGGUCAAAGGAAGGACAGCCUUUCAGAGCACGGCUCAGUGGGUUCUUUGUGGCCCCAGAGACAAACAAUUACACAUUUUGGAUCCAGGCAGACAGCCAAGCUUCCUUGCAUUUCAGCUGGUCAGAGGAACCAAGGACUCAGGUGAAAGUGGCCUCUAUCAGGGCUGGCACUGCUGAUUGGUUUGACUCUUGGGAGCAGAAUGGGGAUGAAGGAGCUUGGCAACAGAAGACUCCCAAGUUGAAGCUGUUGAGUGGAGUCCAGUACUACCUGGAAGCAGAGCAUGUGGGGAUCUCCCCUAGCAAGGGGAUGAGGAUUGGUGUCCAGAUUCAUAACACCUGGUUGAAUCCUGAUGUGGUCAACACUUACCUCCGGGAGAAGCACCAGAUCCGAGCCCGAGCCCAGAGACUUCCAGAAAUACAGAUGUUGAACGUGUCAGGCAGAGGAACAUUUUUCCUUACUUGGGACAAUGUCUCCAGUCAACCAAUCCCUGCAAAUGCCACAGCACAUCAGAUUCAAACAACCCUUGAAGAGCUACUUGCAGUAAAAUGCAAACUGGAACCCCAUUCAGCUAACAUCUUGCUCCGACUUGGAUUUGAACAAGGCCUAGAAGGUUACAGCUCUGAUGGAGAUCCUACCACUGGGACAGAGCCAUUUUGUGGCAGGUUCAGCCUCCGUCAGCCUCAACACCUUGUUCUAACCCCACCGGCUCCCCAGAAAAGCUUUCGGCUAGAUCAAUAUACACACCUAUGUAUUGCAUACAAAGGUCACACGAGUAACAUUCUGAAGAUGACUGUGUUCUUCACACUCGGCUUGCAAAACAUCGUAAAGAAUACCACCUGUGACUGGAGUCUCCCUGGGAUCAACCCCAACAGCUGGCAGUUCACUUGUGAGAACCUCUGGGAGACCUGUGUGCAUCAGUUCGGGGAUCUCCAGGCCCAUUUGGCAAACCCUCCAGUGCUGAUUCUUCAGAUCAACCUCCUCCCUUUGGCUCCAGAGAAGGGCCUGCUCUACGUGGAUGAAGUUAUCAUUGCAGACACAAAUCUGACAGUUUCUCAAGAAGAUUCUGGAAUAGCUCGUCCAGGAGGCCAUCUGGUGGAAUCAGUCUCUGUGACAGGAUCCCCUCCUGUCUACAAUAUAUCAUUGUUGGCAGGGUGUGCCACAGAGCUCCCACUCAUCACUGCAUGCUCUGUGCCCACCAAUGGAACCGAAGAAGGAGCUGAAUUGGUCCAGGGGACGACGCAGAGACUGCAGAGGACAAGUCCACCGUUGGGAGGACACUUUCGCAUCCACCUUCCUAAUGCAGUGAUUCCCGAUGUCCCUGUGCAUAUUUCUGCUAAUUAUCUUCAGAAGCUCUUACAGAACAAUGCUGAUAACUUCACAUCCAGAUACCUCAAUGUCUCUGACUUCACGGUAAAGGAGGAUCUCAACUCUUGCUAUGAACAUAUUUGGACACUUUCCUGGUCCACUCAGAUUGGGGAUUUGCCCAACUUUAUCAGGGUCUCUGAUGAAGAUCUUACUGGAUUGGAUCCUGUUGCAACUACUCGGGUGGUAUACGAUGGUGGAGUUUUUCUUGGACCCAUAUUUGGAGACAUGUUGGCUACUGCCAAUCAGCACCCUCAGGUGGUUGUGCUAGUAAAUGACAUACCAGCUCAUUGCCCAGGGAACUGCUCUUUCCAGUACCUCCAGGAGUCAACACCCUGCAUGCAUUCUGUGUGGUAUUCCCUUGAUGGAGACAUCAACCUACUGGUUUAUAUUAGUGGAACUGGUUUCUCUGGUGACUCCAAAUCUUUGCAGGUUACAGUGAACGAAACAAGUUGCAAAGUUGUUUUCUCAAAUCAAACAAAUGUGGUCUGUCAGACAGACCUGCUGCCGGUUGGAGUUCAUCAGAUCUCCAUGUUGGUGAGACCCUGUGGUCUCGCUGUCAGUGCCAGUGGAGAAGGCCUCUUUCUCAAUGUGGAACCCAGACUGGAUGCUGUGGAGCCUUCCAGAGCUGCAGAGAUUGGAGGAAUCUGGGCCACUAUCCGAGGCUCUAGUUUGGAGGGUGUUAGCAUGGUGCUAUUUGGAUCUCAGUCUUGUGCCAUCAAUGUCAGCGCAAGCAAUUCACGAAGAAUUGAAUGCAAAGUUCCUUCCAGGGGGAACGAUGGACAUACUGUGAAUGUGACUGUGAUCUCUGGGGACUACUAUGCAGUUCUUCACAGUGGGUUUACCUUUGUCCCUUCUUUAAAUCCAGUGAUUUUGUCUCUGAGCAGAAACCAAAGCAGCAUAGCAGGAGGUGAAGCACUUUUCAUCAGGAUGACACAACUGGUGAACUACACAGAUUUGGAUAUGCAAGUUCACAUCCAGGAUGCCUUGGCCGAGAUUCAUGCACAGACGGCUCAGGGCCUGGAAGUUGUGCUGCCAGCACUGCCAACCGGCCUCUAUGGAGUUUCAGUCUCCAUCAAUGGGGUCAACAUUUGCUCACAAGGGGUUGAUCUCCACAUCCAGUACAUCACAGAUGUUUACAGCAUCCAGCCUUGCUGUGGGUCUCUUAUGGGUGGAACCAUUCUCAGCAUCUUGGGAACAGGGUUCAGCAGGGACCCAGCUUCAGUAUGGGUGCUCGUGGGCAAUCGGUCCUGCGAUGUUGUGAACGUCACUGAGGUGAGCGUGUGGUGCGAGACCUCGCCAGCUCCUGUGCGGCCCGACGCCAAUGCUCUCAGUGUCCCUGCCCCUGUGGAGGUGUGGGCUGGCAGCACGUCCUUCACCCGUGGACCCUCCCCACAAUUGGUGGGGAAGGGCUUUACUUUCAUAUACGAAGCAGCCUCAACACCGGUGGUUACCACCAUGUGGGGAGAAAUCACAAAUGAUAGCUUGAUGCUCUAUGUGCAAGGAAAUAACCUUUCGGAUGCAGUCAUCCUUCUGGGGAGCCUGACGUGUGAACUUGAGACACACUCUCCGGGGAGUCGCAUGAACCUGUCUGGGUGCUCCUUUCCUCUUCUCAGUUUGGAGGCGGGCAUCUAUCCUCUCCAAGUACGUCAGAAGCAGGUGGGAUUGGCUGAUAUGUCUGCGGUGCCCCAGCAAUUUGUAGUGACACCUCAGAUAACCACCAUCUCCCCAACCCAGGGUUCUGCCUGUGGUGGGACAGUGCUCACUGUGAGGGGCGUGGCUUUCCACUCCAGAAAGAGGUCAGUUCAGGUUGACCUCUCUGGUCCUUUCACUUGUGCGAUUUUGAGUCUGGGAGAUCAUGCAAUUGUCUGCCAGGUUACCCUGAUAGGGGACCCUUUGCCUGGAGCUUCCUUCAGCUUGAACGUCACAGUCCUGGUCAACGGGCUACGCAGUGCGUGCCAGGGGAACUGCACUGUCUUCAUGUGGGAAGAGACAACUCCUACUGUGGACACCUUGGCCACGAACACCAGUGGGUCUCUGACCACCGUGGUGAUGAGGGGUCAGAGGUUAGGCACUGCAGCAGAUGAGCUGUUGGUGUUUGUGGAUGACCAGCUUCCUUGCAAUGUCACGUUCUUCAAUGCAAGCCGCGUGGCCUGCCAGAUAGGUGACUUGACCCCAGGACGCCACUACUUAUCAGUUUUUCAUGCAAGGAGUGGAUAUACUUGUUUUGGGAACAUUUCCAGAUACUUUCAUGUUAUGCCUCAAGUGAUUCACUAUUACCCAAAGAAUUUCAGCAUAUACGGUGGAGGCCUCUUGGCCAUAGAGGGCACGGCCCUGAGAGGACAGAACACCACGUUUGUCUAUGUUGGCCAGCAGGCCUGCCGCAUGGUGACCAUCAAUGCUGAGCUCAUCUGCUGCACUGUGCCUGCAGGAAAUGGCUCAGCCACCUUGGAACUAGAGGUAGAUGGACUUUUAUACCACGUGGGAGCCGUUGGCUACAGCACCGCCUUCACCCCAGAGCUGCUCUCUCUUUCUCAGACUGAUGACAUGGUAACAUUUGCAGUGGGCCGGAUCUCAGGAGCUCUGAAUGUUGACAUUUUUAUUGGGACGUCACCCUGUGUGGGAGUCUCUGGUAACCACACCAUUCUGCAAUGCACGGCCCCGCUCCUUCCUGCUGGGCAAUACCAAGUCACGGGCUACGACCAUACCAGAGGGUGGGCCUCGUCAGUGCUGGUGUUCACAUCAACAGUUAGGAUUUCAGCAGUCACUGAGAACUUUGGCUGCCUGGAUGGAAGGCUGGUACAUGUGUUUGGAGCAGGAUUUUCCCCGGGGAAUAUCUCAGCUGCUGUAUGUGGUGCUCCCUGCCAAGUCUUGGCCAAUGCUACUGUGUCUGCCUUUAGCUGCUUGGUUCUGCCCCUGGAUGUGUCCUUGGCUUUCCUGUGUGACCUGAAGCCCGAGGAGGACAGCUGUGAAGCCGCCAGCCUCACCUACGUGCGGUGUGAUUUGACUGUUGCUGUGGGAAUGGAGAGAGCGCCUGAGUCGUGGCCUUACCUCUACAUCUGUGCAGAGAGCUUCCAGAGCCGCCUUGUGCCGGAUCAUUGGACAGAGUCAGCCUUCCCAACCUGGUCGGGCCUCUUCAUCAGCCCUAAAGUGGAAAGAGAUGAAGUUCUCAUCUAUAAUAGCUCCUGUAACAUUACCAUGGAAACUGAGGCAAAGAUGGAGUGUGAGACGCCUAAUCAGCCAAUUACCGCCAAGAUUACUGAGAUACGGAAAAGCUGGGGCCAGAACACUCAGGGCAACUUUUCCUUUCAGUUCUGCCGGAGGUGGUCCAGAGCUCACAGUUGGUAUCCUGAGAGAGUGCCACAAGAUGGCGACAACGUCACAGUGGAGAGUGGCCAGGUGCUACUGCUUGACACCAAUACAAGCAUCCUCAACUUGCUGCAUGUUAAAGGAGGCAAGCUGGUUUUCAUGGACCUAGGACCCAUCGAGCUCAGGGCCCAUGCCAUACUUGUUUCUGAUGGUGGAGAGCUCCUGAUUGGAUCUGAGGCUGAGCCUUUCCAAAGCAGAGCUCAAAUCAAGCUCUAUGGGAGUUCCUACUCUUCCACCUUCUUUCCCUAUGGAGUCAAGUUCCUGGCAGUAAGGAAUGGAACUCUUUCCCUGCAUGGUUUGCUGCCAGAAGUACUUGUUACUCAUCUUCGAGCAGCUGCUCAAGCCCAAGACACAGUGUUGGCACUGGAAGAUGCUGUGGACUGGCACCCUGGGGAUGAAGUUGUCAUCAUCAGCAGGGCAGGUGUUGAAGGUGCCAAACCAAUGGAAGAAAUUGUUGUUGUGGAAACUGUGCACAAUACAGACCUUCAUCUUAGGUCACCCUUGAGAUAUUCUCACAGCUUCCCAGAGAAUUGGGAGGCUGGGGGAUACCACGUCCUAAAGGCCACCGUGGCUCUGCUUAGUAGGAACAUUAUCAUACAGGGCAAUCUCACUACUGAGAGGAAGAGGCUUCUUGCUUCAUGCCAGGAGAUCAAUGCUUCAGAAGGUAAUCUGCAGAACUGUUUAUAUUCCAAGAGUGAGAAGAUAUUGGGAUCAAGGGAUCUGGGGGCCAAAGUAAUCAUUCAGUCCUUCAAAGAGGAGCCCAGCUGUGUCCAGUUGAAGGGAGUGCAGUUUCGAGAUAUGGGGCAAACUUUCCGUAGGCAUCUGAGCUCUCUCACUGUGGUGGGAGCCGUGAAAGAUUCCUAUAUACAAGGCUGCACAGUGUGGCGCUCCUUCAGCAGAGGUCUCAGCCUGGAUAGCACCUGGGGCCUGAAGGUGGACAAUAAUGUGUUCUACAACAUUCUAGGCCAUGCACUGCUGGUGGGGACAUACAUAAACAUAAGACCUAUAUCUUGGGAGGCUAUUCCUGGAAGAAAAUAUGACUGGUCAGAAAAGGGAAAUAUGAUCAGAAACAAUGUGAUCAUCCGUCUUUCUGGUGCCGAGGGACUCUCCAGUUCUGAAAUGAUGACACCAUCUGGCAUCUAUGUCUGCAGUCCCACCAAUGUUAUAGAGGGAAACAGAGUAUGUGCUGCUGGUUAUGGCUAUUUUUUCCAUCUUGUGACCAAGCGAACAUCACAAGCUCCACUUCUCUCCUUUUCUCAGAAUGUUGCACAUUCUUGUACAAGGUGUGGUCUGUUUGUGUAUCCUGAAUUUCAGCCACCUUGGGAUAAUGGAUCUGGUCCUACCCUGUUCCAAAACUUCACAGUUUGGGGAAGUGCAGGUGGUGUCCAAAUUUUUAGAAGUAGUAACCUUCACCUGAAGAACCUCCAAGUGUAUGAAUGCAGAGAUUUUGGAAUAGACAUCUUGGAAAGUGAUGCAAAUACUUCAGUUACUGACAGCUUGUUAGUGGGUCAUUUUACACACAAGGGAAGCCUGUGCAUGUCAUCUGGGAUUAAAACUCCAAAAAGGUGGGAACUGAUGAUUUCUAACACAACCUUUGCUAAUUUUGAUCGCAUCAGUUGUGUGGCCAUCAGAACCUGUUCAGGGUGUUCUCAAGGACAGGGUGGAUUUACUGUGAAGAGCAACCAGUUGACCUUCAUAAAUUCUCCAAACUUGGUAGCUUUUCCAUAUCCUCAUGCAGCAAUUUUGGAAGACCUGGAUGGAUCUCUGUCUGGAAAAAAUAGAAGCCACAUUCUUCCUUCUAUGGAAACCCUUCCAGCUUCUUGUUUGGACAAUGUGAGCUUUAGUCAGACUGUCCGUGGCAGCAUCUGUCAGGGAGAUGUUCUCUUUCAUCGUAUGUCCAUUGGCUUAGCUGAUGCUCCUGAUGUUUCUUACAAUUUAACCUUGACUGACAGCAGAAAUAAGUCAACCACUGUCAAUUAUGUAGUUGACACAUUGUCUAACCUUCAUGGCUGGAUGGCUCUGCUCUUGGACCAAGAGACCUACUCAUUGCGAUUUGAGAAUCCCUGGAUCCACAGCUCUCUGCAGUACUCAGCAACAUUUGACAACUUUGCUCAUGGGAAUUACCUCCUGCUGGUGCACACAGAUGUGCCACCUUACCCUGACAUCCUCAUACGUUGUGGGAGUCAAGUGGGCCGCUCCCUUCUGUCUCUUCCAUCACCUGGUCAGGACCAAAGCUGUGACUGGUUCUUCAGCAGCCAGCUGAGACAACUCACCUAUCUGGUUUCAGGUAAAGGCCAAAUUCAAGUAAUUCUACAAGUGAGGGAAGGCAUGCCUCCAACCAUUGCAGCUUCUACAUCUGUUCCUGAAUCAGCUUUAAGGUGGUCCAACCCCGAAACAUGGCAAGACAUAGAAGAGGGCUGGGGAGGACACAAUCACAGCGUUCCAGGCCCUGGAGAUGAUGUCCUGAUUUUACCCAACAGAACUGUCCUGGUGGAUACAGAUCUUCCAGCGCUAAAAGGACUUUACGUGCUGGGCACUUUAGAAUUCCCUGUGGACCGAAGCAAUGUUCUGAGUGUGGCAUGCAUGGUCAUUGCAGGCGGGGAGCUGAAAGUUGGUACUUUAGAAAAUCCCUUACAGAAAGAACAAAAGCUUACGAUUCUCCUUAGAGCCUCAGAGGGUGUCUUUUGUGAUCGUUUCAAUGGAAUUCAGAUUGACCCAGGAAUAAUUGGGGUUUAUGGGAAAGUUCAGCUUCACAGUGCUUAUACUAAAAAAUCCUGGACACAUCUUGGAGCUGAUAUUGCUUCAGGAAAUGAAAGAAUUAUCAUUGAAGAUGCAGUGGACUGGAAACCUCAUGACAAAAUUGUCCUUAGUUCCACUUCUUAUGAGCCCCAUGAAGCGGAGGUCCUCACUGUCAAAGAAGUCAAGGGUUACCAUGUUGGGAUCCAUGAACGGCUCAAACACCGGCACAUUGGAAGUGUUCAUGUCAUCGAGGAUGGUCGACACAUUAGUUUGGCUGCUGAAGUUGGACUACUGACUCGAAAUAUACAAAUUCGGCCAGACACAUCCUGUAGGGGGAGACUGCUGGUAGGGUCCUUCAGGAAGAGCGACAGAGAGGAGUUCUCAGGUGUCCUUCAACUUUUAAAUGUGGAAAUACAGAACUUUGGAACACCACUGUAUUCAUCCAUUGAAUUCAAUAAUGUAUCAUCAGGAUCAUGGAUAAUGUCUUCUACUGUACAUCAAAGUUGUGGUGGGGGAAUUCAUGCAGCUGCCAGUCAUGGAAUAAUUUUAAAGGACAACAUCGUGUUUGGUGCUGCUGGCCAUGGUAUUGACCUGGAGGGCCAGGCCUAUUCUCUUACUAAUAACCUUGUGAUUUUAGUGACACAGUCAGCAUUGUCCACUGUUUGGGUGGCAGGGAUCAAAGUGAACCAGGCAAAGGAAAUCGACCUCCAUGGUAAUGUUGUAGCAGGAUCAGAGAGACUUGGCUUUCAUAUAAGAGGCCACAGGUGCUCCUCUCCUGAAGUGCUUUGGUCUGACAAUGUGGCCCACUCAAACCUUCAUGGCCUUCAUCUCUAUAAAGAAAUUGGACUUGACAAUUGCACCAGUAUCUCUGGAUUUCUGGCUUUCAAGAACUUUGACUAUGGUGCUAUGCUACAUGUAGAAAACAGCAUGGAGAUAGAGAAUAUUACUCUGGUAGACAAUGCUAUUGGUCUAUUUGUUGUGGUGUAUGUGUCUUUUGUUCCACAGAGCUCCCGCCAAGAUGUGCAGAUUGUGCUUAGAGAUUCAGAUAUUGUGGCCACUAGCUCCUCUUUUGAUUGCAUUCAGGACAGAGUAAAGCCUCAGACAGCCAACAUGACAUUCAGAGACCGAGCUCCUUCCAAUCCAAGAGGGGGCCGAGUUGGUAUCUUGUGGCCUGCAUUCACCUCACAACCAAACCAGUGGCCCCAGGAGCCAUGGCACAAAGUGAGGAAUGGCUAUUCAAUUUCAGGAAUCAUGAAACUUCAAGAUGUGACCUUUUCUAGUUUUGGGAAGAGCUGCUAUAGUGAUGACCUGGAUAUUUGUAUUCUACCAAAUGUACAGAACACAGGAAUAAUGCACCCAAUAACAGCAGAGAGGACCAGAAUGCUAAAUAUGAAAGAUAAAAAUAAGUUCUACUUUCCUCCAUUACACCUCAGGAAAGAUUUAGAAAGAGUAAUCUGUAUGGAAUCAGGUUGUGAAAAUCCAAGAAAAUACCUCUUCAAAGAUCUGGAUGGGAAUACCUUGAAUCUGCCUGCACCAGUUUCUGUAUUUCCUAAAAUUGAAGCAGAAUGGACUGGAUCCUUCUUCAACACAGGUACAUUUAGAGAAAAGAAGAAAUGCACAUACCAACCACUGAUGCAAGGUUUCAUCUGCAAACAGACAGACCAAGUGGUCCUAAUUCUUGAUAAUGCUGAUGUAACUUGGGCAAUCCAGAAAUUAUAUCCAGUCGUAUCUGUGACUAAUGGUUUUGUUGACACCUUUAGUCAUAUAAAUGCCAACCCUCCUUGCUCUACUUUUAGGUCUGUAUCAACUUUCUAUUCCAUUUUGCCCACUGGGAAAAUCACCAAGGUCUGUUUUAUGGAUCAGACUCCUGAAGUUUUGCAAUUUUUUUUGUUGGGGAACAAAAGUACCUCCAAGCUUCUUCUGGCCGUAUUCUACUAUGAGCUUCAGAGCCCACAUGUUUUCUUACGGGAAACUUUUAUUCCACCAACUUUGGGUAAAUCAGCUUCCUCACUGCUGGAAGAGAGUAUAGGUACCAACUAUUUCAACAUUAUGGAUAACUUUUUGUAUGUUGUCCUACAAGGAGAAGAGCCCAUUGAGAUACGUUCAGGGGUUUCCCUUCAUUUGGCCUUCACCGUGACGUUUUCAGUGGUAGAAAAUGGCUGGGAAAUAGUGAUCCUUGAAAGACUGACAGACUUCUUACACCUUCACCAAAACCAAAUCAGAAUUGUUCAUACAAUGCCUGGCAAUGAAGGGACUUUAAAAGCCAUUGCUGACAGUAGAGCAAAAAGAAAGCGCAAUUGCCCAACGGUGGCUUGUGCCAGUUACUAUAGUAGAGUUGGUCAACGUAAACCUCUCAUGAUGGAAAUGAGCUCAUCACACAAGGUCUCACCACCACCAACUAUGGAAACUGUCUCAACAGUGAUUGUUAUUGAAAUUGGUGAUCUUCCAUCAGUAAAGAACACUGGACUGAUUUCAUCCUUGUCAAGUAACAAACUGCAGAAUUUGGCUCACCAACUCAUCAUUGCUCAACAGACUGGUGUAUUAAAGAAUGUUCUGAAUAUAACUACUGGGGCCUUACUGGUGACUCAGCCAAAGGGAAUCAUUGGCUCUGGAAACACAAGCAGUUUUAAAACUGGGAACUUGAUAUAUAUUCAACCCUGUGCUCUCUCAGUCCUAGUCCAGCCUUCGGAUGGAGAAGUGGGAAAAGAGCUUCCUGUGCAACCACAACUCGUUUUUCUGGAUGAGCAAAAUCGAAGAGUGGAAUCCUUGGGACCUCCCUCAGAGCCUUGGACUGUUUUAGUUUCCCUGGAAGGGACAUCAGAUUCUGUGCUAAAAGGAUACACCCUGGCAGAAACUCAAGAUGGUUAUGUAAGCUUCUCCAAUUUGGCAGUCCUGAUUUCUGGGUCAAACUGGCACUUUAUUUUUACUGUGACUUCCCCUCCAGGAGUCAAUUUUACAGCUCGAUCCAGACAGUUUGCUGUUUUGCCAGUGACUGAGAAGGAGAGCUCAACCAUCAUCUUGUCUGCGUCACUGUGCUCAGUGGCGUCAUGGCUGGCGUUGAUCUGUCUGGUUUGUUGUUGGUUCAAGAAGAAAAAAAACAGAAAAACAAAACCUGAGGAGAUAUCUGAAUCUCAGGCUAAUGAUCCAAAGAAUCAUAUCCAAGUCUCCUCCAAACGUCAAGGAUCACACGUAGAUACUGUGAAAGAAGACAUUGUGAUGGGAGAAGAUAUGCUAGGCAAACUGAACCAGCUGGCUCACCAGUCACUGAACGGAGUAUCCAGGAGGAAGGUUGGCCGACCCACUGCAGGACAGGAAACAACUGCUGUCCCUGUUCCCAGCGUCACUGGCAUCACAUCCCACAGGCACAGCUGCUCCCCAAGUUCUCCUGCUCAGCAGGUGUACAUGCAGGAGAGCGGGAACUGGAAGGAGGCCCAGGAGCAGUUGCUCAGAUAUCAGCUGGCACGCCAGAAUCAGCUGCUGCUGCUGUGCCCAGACCUCAAAGAAGGCAGACAGCAGUUGCAGGGGCAGAGUCAGCUAGGCAAAGAAGGUGGCAGCUUGGGGCCUUCCCAAGAGACGAAAACCGCCUGCGAUGCCAGUGUGGCAGUUCAUCUCCAUUCAGCACACCCAGAUCCUAUGCCAGAACAGCUGUGACCAGGGAGUGGAGUGGGCAUCUUGAUUCAGAAGCAGGAUAUUGUAGCUAUUUCAAGAUAAUAAACACAGGAUGUGAGGCCUGACCUGCAAGAACAACUAAGAAGGGAAAAUGUGGACUUCAAAUCCCCUUUUCAACAUUAAAAUGGAAUAGGUUUAUAUGAAUAGUUGUGAACAGUGUCUAGCAGAUCUUGUAUCUAUCACUGAUCCUAGAUAAGAGCCAGGCAAAUAAUAGAUUAUCAAUCAUUUGUUAAUGUUCUACUUGUUUUUUAAUAUUUUUAAUUAAAAAAAAACAAUAUAAGGCUGUUAUGUUCUUGAUUUUGCCAACUGAGUGAUGUAAUUCUGACUUCUGCCAGCUGGAGUUGUUAUUAAGCUUUCUCUGGGAUGAUCACCCGCAAUGCUUUGUGGUUCUCUUAGGAAAAGAGUCAUGAAAAGCCGUGGUCAGGUACAGUUAAUUCUGUAGUACUACAGAAACCCAAUUCUUUAUCUUUGAGGGGCACUUUAAGGACAGAACACGCUGCCUCUUGAUCUUCAGAGCUUGUCUUCCAAUCACAAGACAACUUCCUGUUUUUUUAGCAAGUGGAUUUUAUUUCAUGGUUUAAUUUCAGUCGUUAUUGGGAGCCCAACAGAACUGCAAACAUAACAAGUUUGUGCCUGAUGAGUUAUUUGUACAUGAAGAUUUAAGGACAAAUAUGUAAAAGUAUUAACUCUGAAAAGGAAAUUGUCCAAGGGCUUCAGUUAUAUUUUUCAGCAAUUCUUUUUGUUAGUAGUUGGGUCAAAUUUACAACUGAAGAAAAAUUUAUUGGGAGACCAGAGAUAACAAAGCCAUCAAGUGCACUAUCUGUUACUCCUUUAUCAAACAACUGCUUUCUUUGGAAAAAAAUAAUGCAUACAGAUCUCUAAUGCAGUUGGGGGUGGGCAGGAAUUACAUCAGAUGCAACCUCUUUAGGUGAUAGAGGUUCUGAUGGGCACCUGGACAGAGGAUCAAAUGAUGCUGAUAAAUUAGGUAAAGAUACUAAAGACAAGCUCACCUUAUUCAUGCAUUCAUGCAGGGCCCAUCUAAAAGGUAUUUAAGUAGCUUGUCUGUCCUUGGCCCUGAAUACAAAAAGCCUUAUGAUUAAGGGGUGUAAUACUCAUAGCAGGCAUUACGAGAAUAUCCAGAAGGAUGUUGUUCUCAGAUUUUCAUGACAUGUGAACCACACGUUUCCAGUCUCUGAAAGGUUAAACAACUAUCUUAGGUUUGAGUUGGAACAGAAGAUGGGAACGUAUUCUCUUGCUGAAUUUUGAAUAAUGAUGCCCUGGAAUUAGAACCCUUAGAGGGAACUUACAGAAACCCAUCAUCUGCAGGGUAUCAAUAAGAAGGCAUGUUUUAUCCAGUUACAAGUUGACAAGAAGAUUCUCAGCCUCUUGAUCCAUUCUGUACAUAUCUUGUGGACAUCUCAAAUCUCAAGACUGCCCCUGGAAGGAAGGAAGCAGCCUUCUCUGUGGUACUGCAUUGGCUUCUGAAGGAGAGAGUAGUUGGACACUGAGGUCAGUGCUCUCCAAGAGAGGUCAGUCUAUGCUGUCUGUGUGUUGGGAGUGUAUUAAAGAGCAAACUGGUGAGAUAAAUUUGCUCUGCAGGUAUAGGCUGGCUGCCUGUAAGGUAAAGCCUCUUUGUAGAUAUUUUUUGUUUGGGCACUGACAAAACAUAACAAAGCAAAAAUAACUUGAAUGUCUUGAGUGGAACAUUCCUUCCCUAGUUUAAUUAGCCCUUGCCAUAACUAGCUCUUUAUGACAUGUUGUAGCUCCCUGUUCUAUGAAGCCAUUUGCCUUUGUAACCUCUACCUUAGUGCAUACAUUGGACCCUCAAAGAGCUGUAAUCUUUUUGUAUAAAAACUUUUCAGAGUUUAACAAUUUUGAGGACUCUUACAUGGCAGCAUCCUUUGCGCACUGCCUGCUGAGAGCUGAGGGUUUAUGCUUUCUCCCUCUGAUUACAGUGACUUCUUUCACGAGUUCAAAUUACCAGAUAUCUUUCCUGAGCUCUGUAGCUUGCCUUUAGCUUCUGAAUGAGAAGUCCUAGUAGGUUAUCCCACAGACACAAUGAGGUUAACACAGUCCUCAUCCUGCUACUUCUCACGCUUGCUUUUUCUAAUUCAAUGAAUGACAACGCUGCACACAGACCAGAAUUAUAGAAGUCAACCAUGACUCCUCUUUCAAUCUCACCCUUCCCAAAUAGUUAGCUAACCGCUCUGUUAUUUCUGCCUCUUUAUCCUUCUUUCAAUCUUUACUAUCUCCUCAUCCAUCCUCCAUACGCUGCAAGACUAAUCUUCCUGGAAGGCAAGUUUUAUCCUAUCCCUCUCUUUAGGAAAAAUCAUAAUUAACCUCUUCAUUCCACCCCAGCAAA